AUGUCUGGCUCACCAGAAGCAUCGGCACCUGCUCCGCAAGAGUGCGUCAGUGGUUCACCCAAACCUGCUUCGAAACUUGCAAUUCAAGCCAAGCAUGACAUUGACAGCCAGGAAAACCAGGCGCCAAAGAAUGAAGAAACCCCAUCAAUCCAAGAACCUGAAACCGACGAGUCCAAGUCGCGAUCUGAUAAACAUGAACAAGAUGAACUGACAUCUGCACCGCCACUCCCUGACGAAGCCCCACCACCACUUCCCACUGAGGCUCCGCCUGCACACCCCGAGGACCAGCCCGAGGACGAUGGAUGGCACGCUUUAGUUGACGAGCGCACAGGCCUAUGGUACUAUUUCAAUAGAUUCACCUACAAAAGGCAGUGGGAAAAUCCCCGCGUGCCACAGGUCGCAGCAGUCCCAGCAGUAGCAGUUCCUGCAAUCCCAGCAGCACCCGGCACAGAGUCCAGCCACGAGAGCGCAGCCCCAGAAAUGGAACCAAUUGUUGGUGGUUAUAACCCCGCGAUCCAUGGCGAUUAUGACCCCACCGCACCGUAUGCGCAAUACUACAACGAGCAAGCACAGCCCGCGACGGCACCCGGUUUCAACCCAUCCGAAGCUCCAGAAAUGGAACCAGUUGUUGGUGGUUAUAACCCCGCGAUCCACGGCGAUUAUGAUCCCACCGCACCGUAUGCGCAAUACUACAACGAGCCAGCGCAGCCCGCGACAGCACCCGGUUUCGACCCAUCCGCAGCAUAUGCUGCUACCGGCACAUUCAACCGCUUCACUGGACGGUGGCAAGCCGCAACAAUCAAUCCGGAAAACCACAAUGAUGAGAACAAGUCUCGACGCCAGAUGAAUGCUUUCUUCGACGUUGAUGCCGCGGCUAACAGCCACGAUGGCCGGAGCUUGCGCGCGGAACGCAGUGCUAAGAAGCCGACAAAGGAAGAGUUGAAGAGAUUCAAAGAGAAGCGUCGUGAGAAGAAGGAGGAGAAGAGGCGCGCUUGGCUCAGGGAUUAG